GCAGUUACAUUCCUUCCCCUAUAUAUAUGCACUUCCUUUUUCAUCAUCACAAAUUCAUAACAGAAAACAAUUAUUAGGCAUUUUCCUUCUGAAUUUGAGAUCAUCAAAGAACCCAUGGCUUAUUCCAAAUCAAUUAUUCCUUCCUCUUUUAUUGUAAUUUUUUCAUGGGUUUUUGUGGGUUUAUCCCAUGGUAUUGAACUUGAUAAAAAUCUAUUAGGAGCAUUAUUUGCUGAUAAUGGUGAAAAUGGUGGUAUUUUUGAUAUGCCAUGUGUUCAAAAAUUGAUGCCAUGUCAAUCUGCUUUGACAUCACAUUCUAAAAAUCCACCAGCAACUUGUUGUGUGCCAUUGAAGGAAAUUAUUACGAGUGAUGCGCAGUGUCUUUGUACUGUAUUUGGUAAUGCUGAUUUAAUGAAGAGUUUUAAUGUUACAAAAGAUGAAGCUUUGAGUUUUGCAAACGCUUGUGGUGCUAAACCUGAUCUUUCCCUUUGCAAAAAUGCCACUGCUUCACCUGGUUCAGCCCCAUCUGUUCCUUCAGCCUCUAACAAUUCGUCUUCAAGUAACAAGACUGCAAGUCCACCAACAGCAAAUGCAGCUACUGUGACUUCCAAAUUUGGAGGCUUUGUUGCUGUUGCAUCGUUUAUGAGUUUAGUAAUGUCAGCAUUUUAAGGAUGGAGCAGAACACACUGUUCUUGAAUUGAAAGGCUAAUUUGCUUAUUGGGAAAGCCAGUGCCUCAAAAUCAUUACACUGAUCUAGUUUACAUAACCUAAACUUUUUUCCAAUUUCUAAUGACUGAUUUGUGUGAUGUUUAGUAGUUGUGUUUUGAUUUGUUUUUGUUAUGAUUGAUAACAGUACAUUCAAUCAGAUCUAUUAUAUUUAAGUUUAGGCAUAACAUUCUCUUUGAGCUAACGUUAAAUUUGUCUUGAAAGUGGAAUAAUGUGAUUCUCAAAUAACACCAAAUAAAAGUCAAAAUUGCGGCGGUAAAUUCAUUGCACACCAUUCUUGAAACUACUAUAUUCAUCAGUCAAAUCUACAGACCUUCUAACCUGCUAAAAAUAGAACAAGACCAACUAAAAUCAAAACAUAGUAGUCUGAAUAUCAAUCUACAGCCCCUCCAACCUGCUCAAAAGGGAACAAGACCAACUAAAAUCAAAACAUAGUACUAUUGAAUAUCAAUCUACAGCCCCUCCAACCUGCUAAAAAUAGAACAAGACCAAUUAAAAACAAAACUUAGUACUACUAAGUAACAAAGUUGAUGACUAUGAUGGCAUAAAAUUCCUGGCAAACCAAUCUUGACAGUUGACAAUGUCUAUAAAUCAUAACAGUCAGUCCCUCUCUUGCCACCUUUCACGUGGCUCGCUUACAUCAAUUUUGUCACCAAUAGAACCCCUAGCAUAAGAUUGACCAGGUUCUGUGGAAAUUAAUGAGUGCCUAUUUUCUUAUCAGUUCAACAUAAUAUUGGAGGUUUCCCAAAAAAAAAAAAGAAAGAGAAAAGGUAUACUAGCUUUCCUCAUCAAACAUUCCCUAGUUAUAUAAACAUGAAGCAUGUAUCUCCAUAAUAUAAUAUAUGAUCCUUUCCUAUCUGAAAUGGAGGCAAAACACUUAUCUUUCAUCUUCAUUUCAGUCUUGAUAUUCGUAUCCUUCAUCUUUCGUUUAGUUCAGAUAUGGAAGGCAUCAAAAACCUUUAACAAAAUAUUGCCUCCAGGGCCAUGGAGUCUACCUUUGAUUGGGAACUUGCACCUAUUAAUGAAUGGCCCCCUUCCAGUACAUCAUACUCUCAGAAGUCUAUCGCGAAGAUAUGGGCCAAUCUUUCACUUACGUCUUGGAGAAAUAUCGAUCAUUGUUGUAUCUUCACCUGAGAUGGCAAAAGAAAUUAUGAAAACUCAAGACCUUCGCUUUGCUACUAGGCCUGAAAAUAUGGCCGGAGAUAUUAUUUUCUACAACUACACAGACAUUAUAACUUGUCCAUAUGGUGAUCACUGGAGAAAUAUGCGCAAAUUGUGCAUCGUGGAACUUCUUAGCGCAAAGAUGGUCAAGUCAUUUAAUUCAAUUCGACAAGCAGAGAUGUCAAGUCUCAUUUCAUCCGUUAACUCCAUGCCUGAUGACUCAUUGAUCAACUUAUCAGACAAAAUGUUUUGGUUUACAAGUUCUGUAACUUGUAGGUCAGCUUUCGGAAAAGUGAUUCAUGAUCAAGAUAAGUUGAUAAUGUUGGUGAAGGACAUAUCAUCAUUAGCUGCAAGAUUUGACUUGGCUGAUAUGUUCCCUUCCCGAAAGUGGCUUCACAAGAUUACUGGAUUGAAGUCCAAAAUGUUGAAGGUUCACAAAAAGGUAGAUGCAAUUUUGGAGAAUAUCCUUAAUGAGCAUCAGGAAAGUCGAGCUAACGGUAAGAAGGGCAAUGGUGAGACUGGAGGUGAAGAUUUGAUCGAUGUUCUAUUUCGAGUCAUGGAGAGUGGCGAAUUGGGAACUCCAAUCACAAAUAAGAAUAUCAAAGGUGUUAUUUUUGACAUGUUCUUAGCAGGAGCUGAAACCUCAGCUACAACAAUUAUUUGGGCUAUGGCUGAAAUGAUAAGAAAUCCAAGUGUUAUGGCUAAAGCACAACUUGAAGUUAGAAAAGUCCUAAAAGGAAAGAGAACAUUUGAGGAUAUUGAUCUAGAAGAGUUGAAGUAUCUAAACCUAGUGAUUAAAGAAACAUUAAGGUUGCACCCUCCUGUUCCUCUAUUAAUCCCCAGGGAAUGCAGAGAAGAAACAAAAAUUGACAAAUAUAUAAUACCUAUCAAAACUAGAGUUAUGGUGAAUGUAUGGGCAAUUGGAAGAGAGUCUAAAUAUUGGCAUAAUCCAGAGAGUUUUAUACCUGAGAGAUUUGAGAAUAAUUCUAUUGAUUUCAGAGGAAACCACUUUGAAUUUACUCCAUUUGGCGCAGGAAGAAGAAUGUGUCCAGGACUGUUAUUUGGUUUAGUUAAUGUAGGACAUCCUUUAGCUCAACUGCUUUAUCACUUCGACUGGAAGACUCCUCAUGGAAUUGCUCCACACAAUUUAGAUAUGACCGAAACAAUUGGGGUAGCUAGCGGAAGAAAGGAUGAUCUUUGUUUAAUUGCUACUCCUUUUGGUCUCUCUUAA